UAAAUCGUCAUCAGCAGCCGAUUGACUCUACAGGUGUGCUCGGUUGCUAAGCACCGCACAGAGAACGGAGAGAAAGAAAGUUAGUCGGAUAUUAACUAUCUCAGUAAACAGUUUCUAAGUUUACAAAGUAGGCUAAUAUUUCAUAUUUAAGUAAAUGUGUUAGCAACAGUUCCUCUAACAUUGAGAUAGAGUCUUUGAGAUAGAGUUUUGUACAAAUCAUCGACCGUAGUUUGGACGUCAAUUUUCUUCGGAAAUGGGUCGACACAAGUACCGAGUAAGACUCAGUCGUGACAGUAGGCCUAGAUUAACGCUACCUAAACGAGAUACACCAGUGAAACCAGCACUGAGCAGACGAAACCAGUACAGGAGACAUCUGCCCAUGCAUUAUGAAGCAAUUCCAGAGGAACCUGUGGUGGAGGAGAGGACUGUCCCCACUGUCAAUCCAACCCCCACAUUGUUAGCUUAUCCUUUACACACACAGACAUGCUUUACGCCUGUCCACUGCAAAUCUGUGUUAUGCUUUAGCAGCCCUGCAUUUACUGAAAACCCCAGUGACAACGCGGUCUUGCCUGCCACGCCAGCUAAUAGAAAACCUGGCUACCAAGUGUCACCAGCAAGCCAUCCAAUCAUUCAGAUGACCUCUGAGCCAGAUGCUAUCAAAGGUGGUGAAAUGCCAGUUAAAGAGCAAAACUUAAUGACUCUGGAAAGCAUCACAUCUUCUAGCAUGGAGUCAGGCACAACUUUUAGCUCUGAUGAUGAUGAUGAUGAUGACGAUGAUGAUGAUGACGAUGAAGACUCCGCCUCUACAACUUCCAGCAGCCUUCCCUCCCCAGAGAUCUUCAGAAGAGAGAGCUAUGUGGAAAAAGUGACUUCUUUGCCCAUUAACAAGGAGCUGCUGGGUCUCCAUCUUCACAGAAAAAACUCCACCUUGCUGGAUGUGAGCCAUGCUGAGAGCAUCCACAUGUAUCAUCCCCCUGACCUUUCUAACAUCAUCGAUACCUCUAUGAUUCUUGCUGAAAAAAACUGUGCGAUCAACCGAAACAGAGGACCCAAAGCUGUUACAAAGAUACAUACGGACUCAUUUAAAUCAGAGAAGGCCUUUAAGUUGAAAACCCCACCAAAACUUACCAACAGAAGGUCUCUUUUAUACAAGAAGAAGGUGUGGUUCAAAAGCCCCAUCGUUGCUGAGACCUUUAAAGCAAAACACACCCCAGGCACCAAAUUAACCAUUCACAACUCCAGUGAGCCAGCCCACACAUCUGACCCGGCUGAGCAGAUACAGCCUGACACAGACACAUUCAGAGCAGGAGAGAUCAAUUCUAAACAAGAAGCAUCACAACUGACGGUGAAGUUGAAAAGGCCUGUACAAAGUAGCCUGGACAAAGCCAAGAUCUUUGACUUUAUCAACAACAGUCACAGAGAUGCAUUCUUUAAAAGGAUGAGAGAAAGGUGUGUCAAACUCGAAAGUGCUCCUUUAUUUCCUCUCACAGCUCCUAAAGACACAUAACCUUCUACCCUGUGACAUCUGAAGCCAACAUAUUACAUGUAAAGAUUAGGGGAAUCCUCUUAUGAAAUAUCCUGUAAAAUAGUGGUCUGUGUGUACCUCAAAACAAGAUGUAAAGACUCUGUGUAAUAAGUGUAUCAGCCUGUCUAAAUGUCUAAAAUGGAAAAUGAAAUGUGAUGUACAGUUUUAUCAGUAUUUAAAUGUUAUUUAAAAGAGUAAUUCAGAGAGAUGCCACACACUGCCAUGUAUGUAGGUACACCAUAGACUGUGCCAACAGUUUAACUUUCAACUUUCAUUGCUUCACAACCUGGUCCCUAUUUUUAUUACAUAGCAGACUGUACAAACUGUGGCGCAUAUACCACAUGAAAAUGCACUUGUAAUACAAACUGUAAGCACUCACACCAGCCCUGGAUUUCAUAUUAUCCAACAAGUGUCUGGUACAUAAUGACCACUAGAUGUCAGCACUGUAUUUUUUUUAAAUAGUCAUCUUUUCUCAUCUCCUGGGAGUUUUUCCAAUUUUCCAUGAGAAAUAUGUAUGUUGUUUGUUGUUGUAUCUGUAUUUCUAUUUACUCUCUGCCAUACGUGUCCAAUCUAAAAAAUAAAAUGUACAUUUAUUUUA